AUGGCCGUCGUCACGCCGUCGCGCCGGCUCGCGGUGCUCUCGGUGCUGCUCGUCGUGGCACUCGUUGUGUCGUUCAGCGCGUCGAGCAAACAAACGCUGCGAAAGCUGGCUUCGGCCAGUGUACGGUACGUCCACUUCCAGCUUGAAUGACCCACGAGCAUGGAGGCGCCGAGCGACGCAUUCAUUGGAUUGACCAUACCCUGAGUUGGCGCGUGUCUGUAGAGCCAAGUUCGACCGAUUGACGGACUCCGAAACGGUGGACGAGUUGAUCCGACCAUUCCCCUUCAUCGAGCGUGAUCCGGUCUCGACGGAUGAGACGACCGCGGUACCACUCGUUCAGGCCAUCGCCGAGUUCAAUCUCUUGGAUCAGAAGAACCGACCGACGCAGUUCAACCUCAGCCUCUGCAGCAUCGCGACGCACGAGGAAGAGUUCCUCGUCGAGUGGAUCACGUGGCACCGCUUGCUCGGAGUUGGUGAGUGCUCGUCCUCGCUUCGUGGCUGAACUCACAAGUUGCAAAGUGGCAUAUGGGACUUCCAUACUGAAUCCACCCUUACCUGAACAUCAUCUGAGUGUAGAGCGGAUAUACUUAUUCGACAACAAGCCGACACUCGGGAUGCGCAAGCUUUUACGACCGUGGCUCGAAGAGGGCAGUGUGGUCCUGUACGAGCUCAACUAUCCAGGUCAGUUCUGUUUUGUACUUUGAAGAGUGCGACUCGCGUACUGCUCCGCGGGGACUCGCUGACACUUCUUGGGCCCCGACGCUGCUUCACCAGACGACGUCCUUGUUGGAGCUCAUCAUCGUGACGACCUGCUGAGGCUCUGCGAGCGUGAGGUCCUUUCCACCUCUCUCUGGGCGGCUCACAUCGACGUCGACGAGUUCCUCGUGCUAGAUUCGGCAUCGAGCAAAGCCCAAGUUCCGAGACCAAGCACAUCUCGGAAAUUGAGCCAGGUCGAGCUGAACAACUGGGAUUACCCGCUGCACCACCUGCUCUCCCACGAGCUAAGAAAUGCGACCUGCGUGCCGAUCCCCAGGAUCACGUUCACGAACGUGGGCGUACGAGAUAUCGGUAUGGAAUACGUGACGGAGAGACACGUCGUUCGGGAGAAGAAGGAUCCCGGUAGGAAAACUUGGGGAAAGGUCAGUCGCUCGGUGCUUCGGAUCGCUAGAUGCUGGGACUGUCAAAUGGUGAAUAUUUACCUCUUAUGUAAUUUGCCCCUCGUACUUCCAGAUGCUGCUUCAAUGGCCGGACCCGAAUGUACGGCGCCCGGCGUCGUGGUGGGGAGCACACAGCUGCCAGGCCUCGAAUGGCGACCGCCCGGAAGCCAACAUCAUCAUGGACGCGCUCGGGAAUCGACUCAAGCCUCCCAACAACAUCUACCCGAUGAAAGGCCUGGUCCUUCCCGACAACUCAUUAGGCAUCAACCACUACGCGCAACGAUCGCUCGCGAAUUGUAUCGCGAAAGCCGAGGUAGCCAAAGACGUGCACACGGAUUGGCGGGCGAUCGAAGGACCCCUCGGGUGCGCGUCUCAUUACGUGCCGACCGAGCAAGAGUUGAAAGGGGACGAACGCAAGCGCAUUCUGGAGCACGAAAAAUACGGCGCCGAGCUGCUCGCGUCGCCAAAGGAAUUGAUCGAGGACGGCAUCUUUGAGGAUAUGGCCGCGAGCGAAAGCUGGGAGGGGAGGAUGACUCGGGCGAUCCUGGACGAAUGGAGGAGACAAUCGUCGAAGCGGGCUUGGCCUUGGGAAAGUAUCAAGUGGGAUUGGAAGGAACACGAGGUUUCUCAAAUUGGGAUUCGGGUGGUUUCUGCCCCCGUCAGACAAGGCGACUGA